AUGGAGAUCAGACAGAUAAAGAGUGACACAGAUCUGCUCACGGAGGAUCUAUGGGAGAUGAUACUCGCGAGAUUGCCACUAAAGAGCAUCAUCAACGCUCCCAAACUCGUUUGCAAGCAAUGGAAAUCAAUCAUUGAGUCCCGUUGUUUCCGCGACCUUUUCCAAUCUCUGCACCAAAACUCUCAUUCUUCCUCAUGGUCGCUCAUGUGUAGAGGUUGUGAGACAGAGAUCAUGUCUCACUACGGAUCAGACAACUGGAAUCUUAAACGGUCUCUCGACAAGUUCGAGAAUUAUAAUGAAGCUAGAGUCGUGUCUUACACGGAAGUUGGAUUGAUUUUGAUUCAUCGAGUGUCGAAUCAAUCUUUCUACGUUGCUAAUCCUGUGUCAAGGCAAUGCGUAGAGAUCCUUCCUCUAGCCUCACAAAAAGAUGAACGUUUCUGGAUUUUGGGAAUAGCCACAAGACUCUAGAACGGCGUCGUUUUAGGUUACAAAGUUGUUCUUGAGACUGGUUUGUGGAGUCUCGACAGUGCAAAGUUUCCUUUCACUUAUAUCUCUCAGGAGUUUAACAAUCCCAUCAGCUUGAAUGGAAGUCUUCACUGGCUUGCACACGGUUCCGACUAUCAAGAUUUCGUUGUAUCCGUCGAUUUCUACGCUACGGGCUCUGAUCGAUGCUGUGCUACGCCAUUUCCUGAUUUAGAUAAAGUUCCAAAAUUCAGAAGAUCUUGCACAACUUCUCAAGGAUUUCUCAUGUAUAUGAAUGCAUUCUCCGUAACAAAAGAUGAUGGAAAUCUAGAGGAUAAGUUAUGUAUAUGGAGGCUAGAAAGCUGGCAGUGGCGACUAGUAGUAUCUGACGUCUCUUUGGAUUUUAUGAAGACCAGUUUCGAUUAUAUUCCGUUGGGAAUAAACCCUUUUGAUGCUAAAACAGUAUACUUUUGGAGUCCCCAAUGUUUGUUGUCUAUUAACUUAUACAAUGGAGACUUUGUGGUCCACAAUGCGAUGGAACGUAGCAGCGACGGUCGCAUUCUGAAUUCAGGUGAUUGCCCGAGAGAUAUGAAAUAUAUUUUAGAAUCGCACUUUGCCUUGUUCGUCCUCCCACAGUGGAUGCAUCCGUUCCCGAGCACGGUGAGAAGAGUUUAG